GGAGACGCACAGAGGGGAGGAACUUUGACCAGCGCUAGCUAGCCGCCAGCUAGCUGUCGCCCGUUUUACUUUCUUAUUUUUUUGUGUGCGUGUCUGUCGCAUAUGCAUAGAGAUGUGGUUUAUUUAUUUACUAAGCUGGCUGUCGUUGGUCAUCCAGAUAUCAUUCGUCACUCUCGCGAUAGCUGCUGGCCUGUACUACUUGGCCGAACUAAUAGAAGAAUACACAGUGGCCACCAGCCGAAUAAUAAAGUACAUGAUCCUGUUCUCCACAGUCGUGCUGGCGGGCCUCUACGUCUUUGAAGGCUUCCCGAUGUUCAUGGUGGGGGUGGGCCUCUUCACAAACCUGGUGUACUUCGGCCUCCUGCAGACCUUCCCGUACAUCCUGCUCAGCUCCCCAAACUUCAUCCUCUCCUGCGUGUUGGUGGUGGUGAACCAUUACAUGGCCUUCCAGUACUUUGCUCAAGAGUAUUAUCCCUUCUCGGAGGUGCUGGCAUACUUCACCAUCUGCCUGUGGGUGAUCCCCUUCGCCUUCUUCGUGUCGCUGUCGGCGGGAGAAAACGUGCUUCCCUCCACGGUGCAGCAGGGAGACGACGUUGUAUCUAAUUACUUCACCAAGGGCAAGAGGGGGAAGAGGUCGGGGAUCCUCCUGGUCUUCUCCUUCCUGAAAGAGGCGGUGCUGCCCAGCCGGCAGAAAAUGUACUGAGCGCUGCCUCGGGGGGUGGUCAGCGGUUUGUGAGUGUGUGUGUGUGUGUGUGUAUGUGUGUGUGCGUGUGUGUACGUGCCCGAGAUGGAAGGGGAGGCGAGAAGCAAGAAAGGUCGGAGGAAAAUCGUUUUUCCGGGAAGACGCGGCGGCCAAAAGGGAAAGAGAAGCACACAGAGAAGACGGACCAACCAAUAGAGACGAGCUUCCUGCUGGACGAGCCACAGAGUUUACACAGGCCACGUCUGUCUGUCUGUCGCUUUCUUUCUGUCUGUACUGACUGCCAAC